AUGGGGCAACCUGUCCAGCUGCCUUGCUUCUACCAGACGGCUCAGUAUAACAACAUCCCUGACAUGUGCUGGGGCAGAGGCCCGUGCCCAAAUUCAAAGUGCAAUGGCAAAAUUUUGCACACCACUGGCAGUAGGGUGACUUUCAGAAAAUCUCAGAGAUACAGUCUCCAGGGCUAUAUUUCCUAUGGAGAUUUGUCCCUCACCAUUGGGGCAGUGACAGCAGAAGAUGCAGGUACCUACUGCUGCCGAAUUGAGAUCCCGGGCUGGUUCAAUGACAUCAAACAGAACAUGAAACUGGAGGUGGUCAGAGCCCCUCCAGUGAUGACAACCACCACGAGAAAAGCUCCUGUUUCCCCCAAACGUUUUAGAAAAACAACUUUUGCUCCCCAACCAACCUCUGAUCAUCAAGCAACAACAGAGACUGCUGCCUUCCUGACAACCGGUGUCCCCCCAGAAACAACUGCAACCACUGCCUCUCCAGCAGAAAUUGCACUGGAGACCAUUGCUCCCACAACAUUUGCUGUGACAACAAAUGAAGCUUUUCCAGAAACUAUGAUGACACCCAAUGCCCUCCCAGAUUUUUCAACUGAAUUUCAAGCAGCUGACACGAGGACUGAAGAUGACUAUAUGUUCUACUCAGAUGAGUCUGUCCCUUUUCCUGGAGUGACACCCCGAUUCCCAAGCACACUUCCAACUGCAGAGGGAACUGGAAGUGCUGACACUUCUUUCAUAGUGGAAGACCUGCCAGCUGCAGGGAUUUCAACAAGCUCAGAUGGCAAGGCCGAGAAAUAUGAUGACAAUGGAGACAAGUUUCCCAACUAUGCCACUCUCAUUGCCUGUCCCACAGUGGUGUCCAUUCUUUUCAUAUUGAUGCUCAUGUUGUUUUGGAAACGUAAACACACAAAUAAGUUUAUAAUAAAAAGCCAUGGACCAGCAGAAGACCUUGAAAAAGCUUUCACCGGUGCUGAAGGAGAAAACACCAUGUUUUCCCUGUGA